GGCGGCCAUGGAGGCGAGGCGGCUGCGGGUGCCGGAGCUGCGGGACGAGCUGGGCCGGCGCGGCCUGGACACCCGCGGGCUCAAGUCCGAGCUGACCGAGCGGCUGCAAGCGGCGCUGGACGGCGAAGGAGCUCGGCGGGACGGCGCUGAGGGCCGAUAUGGCCUCGACAACCACAGCCACGAGCCUCAGGGGGGCUACCAGGACCACCAGGGGGGCUACAACAACCCCCAGGGUGGCUACAACAACCCCCAGGGUGGCUACCAGGACCCUCAGGGUGGCUACCAGGACCCCCAGGGUGGCUACCAGGACCACCAGGGUCACCAAGGCCACGAGCCCCAGGGCUACCAAGCCUACAAAGGGCAGGAGGCCGAGGCUGAGCCGGGCUAUGAGAGGAGAGCCCUGGAGCAGGAGCCCCCCAGGCUGCCCCCAGAUCUGAAGCCCCCAGACUCGAGGCCGGACGAGCUCGCCCCUCCCCCCGCCCCCCCCCCCAAAUUACCCCGUGGCCCCUCCCCCCACCUUCCCCACCCCCCCCUACGCGCCCCUCCCCCUAAUUAUGCCGCCCCUCCCCCCAAUUACCACACCCCUCCCCCUAAUUACACCUCCCCGCCCCCCAAUUACCCCGCCCCUCCCCCCCAUUACCCCGCCCCCCCUUUCCCCGCCCCUCCCCCCGUGUUUGGGGGGGGUCCCGAGCCGGCCCCGCCCCCCCCGGGCCGGAAGCGGCCGCUGGAGGAGCAGCGGGGGAGGGGCGGCCACGAGCAGCGCCCGGAGAAGAGGCCUCGCUCCCCGGAGCCUCCGGCUGAGGAUGAGGAGGAGGAGUUCGACGAUUCCCUGGUGACCGUGGACACCUAUAACUGUGACCUGCACUUCAAGGUGGCGCGGGACAGGUACAGCGGGCACCCCCUGACCAUCGAGGGCUUCGCCUACCUGUGGUCAGGGGCACGGGCCACCCACGGGGCCACACGGGGACGGGUCUGCUUCGAGAUCAAGGUGACCGAGGCUCUCCCCGUUCAGCACCUGCCGCCGUCGGAGCCCGACCCGCACGUGGUUCGUGUGGGCUGGAGCCUGGACUGCUGCAGCACCCAGCUGGGGGAGGAGCCGUUCUCGUACGGCUACGGCGGCACCGGGCGCAAAUCAACCGAGGGGAAAUUCCAGAGCUACGGAGAGACCUUCGGGGAGAGCGACGUCAUCGCCUGCCUGGCGGAUUUCGAGGCGGGGGACAGCGUGGAGCUGUCGUUCCUGAAGAACGGCCGCUGGCAGGGCCCGGCGUUCCGCGUGCCCCGCUCCGCCCUGCGCGGCCGCGCGCUCUUCCCGCACGUGCUGCUCAAGAACUGCGCCGUGGAGUUCAACUUCGGCCAGAGAGCGCCCCUGGGGACACCGGGGACACUGCCACCGGGCUACUGCUUCAUCCAGCAGCUGCCACCGGCACACCGGGAGAGAGGGACACGGGGACCACGGAGCAAGGCUGAGUGCGAGAUCCUGAUGAUGGUGGGGCUGCCGGCGGCGGGGAAGACGACGUGGGCGGUGAAACACGCGGCGGCCAACCCCGACAAGAAAUACAACAUCCUGGGGACAAAUGCCAUCAUGGACAAGAUGAGGGUGAUGGGGCUGAAGAGGCAGCGGAACUACGCCGGCCGUUGGGACGUGCUGAUCCAGCAGGCCACGCAGUGCCUGAACCGCCUGAUCCAGAUCGCAGCCAGGAAACGCCGCAACUACAUCCUGGACCAGACCAACGUGUACGGCUCGGCGCAGCGGCGGAAGCUGCGGCCGUUCGCGGGGUUCCGGCGGCGCGCCGUGGUGAUCUGCCCCACGGACGCGGAGCUGCGCGCGCGCACCCGCAAGCGCACCGACGAGGAGGGCAAGGACGUGCCCGAGCACGCCGUGCUGGAGAUGAAGGCCAACUUCACGCUGCCGGAGCCGGGCGAGUUCCUGGACUCGGUGCAGUUCGUGGAGCUGCAGCGCGACGAGGCCGCGGCGCUGGUGCGGCGCUACAACCAGGAGGGACGGAGCGCGGCCGGAGCCGGGCACAGGGACGGACACCGGGAUGGACACGGGGAUGGACACGGGGACGGACACAGGGACAGGCAGGACAGGCAGGACGGACACACGGAGCCCUUCCGGGGCCGCCCUUCCGGAACCUUCCGCGGGCGCGGCGGGCGCGGCUUCCGGGGAGCGGGGAGCGGCAACGGGCUCCCCCGGGGUUGUUUCCCCCCCCCUCGCUGGGGCUCUGCCCCUCCCCCUCCC